UUUGGCUAAGAGACCCACAAGCAAUCCCAUCAGCCAGCCGGUUUGAAUUGAGAGCUCUGUCAAUCGGAACACAAGAUACAUAAUGCAAUGGAUCCUCCAAAUCCUCACCCAGUUUCCACACGCUAAUCAUAAUUUGUUUUCCUCAGCAUGCUUCCAACGCAGGUGUUCCAACUCUUCCUCUUUUGCAUCUUCUCACCGCUCUCCUCUGCAGCACCGCAGUGCAAGGUUCUACCUGGCUCUCAAGAGUGGCCUUCUCAAACCGACUGGGAAGAUCUCAACGACAAGGUGGAAGGAAAUCUUCUGAGGCCAUCUGCCCCGGCAGCUCCAUGCCACCCAGAUCAGUCUUCCUAUGAUCCGGCUGAAUGCGAUCGGAUCCUUGCUGGUUGGCAAGAUACAGAUUGGCAUUCGAAUCAUCCGACGAGCACUAUGUGGCAGAACUAUAAUGACUUCAGCUGCAUGCCCAAUAUAAAUGCGUCGUGUAGCACGGCUGGAUAUCCAAUAUAUGUCAUCGCGGCAAAGACGGCGAAACAUGUGAAAGCCGGUGUGGACUUCGCGCGGACCAAAAACAUUAGGCUGAAUAUCAAGAGUUCUGGACAUUGCUUUCUAGGAAGAUCGGUGCAGCCAAACUCGCUGUCAAUUUGGACACGUGAUCUUAAGAGCCAAGUAUGGUUUGAGGAGUCUUUCACACCUCAACAUUGUAACCCCAUCAAGGGGCCAGCAAUCACCGUCGGGGCCGGCAGCCAAUGGGGGGAGCUCUACGAAGCAGCUGACGAACGUGACCUGAUGCUCGUUGGCGGUGCCAGUGACACUGUCAGCGUGGGGGGCUACAUUGGCGGAGGGGGUCACAGCUCUCUCAGUCCAAAGUACGGAAUGGGAGCCGAUAUGGUGCUGGAACUGGAAGCGGUGACUGCUGACGGUCGCGUCGUCAUAGCAAAUGAAUGUCAGAAUGAAGACUUAUUCUGGGCUCUCCGAGGGGGUGGCGGAAGCACCUUCGCUGCUGUCCUAACGUAUACACUCAAAGCGAUACCAAGCGUCCCAGUUGCGACAUGGUCCGGGUAUAUCGUUGGCUGGGAUAACAUUGUGCGAUUGCAUACAAAAUGGCCAGCUCUCGCAGAAGCGGGUGUUGGGGGCUAUCUCAGCGGCUAUCCUGGACGAUAUCCCUACCUAUACUUGUCCGCCAGUAUGCCUGGAGCGAUAUCGUCAUUCGAAUUAAAAGACCUCCUCGAGCCGAUUUUGCACCCGAAACUCAACCUCAACUCGGUGGUUGAAAGUUCCAACCCAACGCAAAGGAGGCGGAGAUCGACGGACAGUACACCCUCGGGAACUUAUUCCUGGUAUUCGAAUUUCAGGGGAUUUCGGACAUCGCCCGACUUUGCACCGGAAGCUCGGAAAUUGACACUGAAUCGACGCGAUACGUUCCCGGGCAUUGGGAUGGGUAAGCUAAUCGUGUCAUGGCUGUGGAGUGCCGAGGAUGUGGCAAAGCCUGGGUUAGAGGAUGCUCUCCGUGGAUCCAUUGAUCCAUCGGUGUGGUAUUUGAACGACCUGAUCGCUGGAGCUGGGACGGCGAACCCACCAUACAUCCGAGGGGGUGGGAAUGCUGUCAACCCAGCAUGGCGGACGGCGGUGAUGAGACCGGCGUCCGAGCUGCAAUGGGACGAUCCGGAGGAGACGGUGCAAAAGAAGCAGGAUGGUCUCCGAUUCGGGGCCUCGCUCCGCUCUCUUAGCCCAGAUGGUGGGACUUAUGGAAAUGAAGCUGAUCCUGAUACUGCAAACUGGCAGUACGCGUUCUGGGGAACCAACUACAAGCGACUCUUAGGUUUCAAACAAAAGGUUGACCCGGACGGAGUAUUCCACUGCAGACGAUGCGUUGGUAGCGAGUUAUGGAUUGACGAUUCCAAAGGCCAGCUCUGCCCUGUUUGACCAGUACGUCCAUCAGUACGUCCACCAAGUCUCGAUGGUCGACUUAUCAUCGGCUAGG